AUGAUCGAGCAAAGAAUAUACCGUCCAAGCAAAAGCCCUUGGUCAUCACCACUUCACGUUGUACCGAAGAAGAAUGGAGCAUUUCGAGUUUGUGGAGAUUACAGAAGAUUGAAUUCUUUUACCACUCCUGACCGCUACCCAAUACCGCGAGUCAAGGAGUUCACUCAUCAACUGUCAGACAAGACUAUAUUCUCCACCAUCGAUCUCAAUUGA